CCGUCCUCCACUCCCAAAUUUGUUGCCUUGAGGCGGCGGCCGGCGGGAGAGAGCAGCUCUAGAGAGAACAGAGAGCGCAUAACUAGCGGCGGCGGCGAUGAGGAUAGAGGAGGUGCAAUCGACCUCGAAGAAGCAGCGCAUCGCCACCCACACUCACAUCAAGGGCCUCGGCCUCGACCAGGCCAAUGGAAUGUCGAUGCCGUUGGCGGCGGGGUUCGUGGGCCAGGCGGCGGCGCGCGAGGCGGCCGGGCUGGCGGUCGACAUGAUCCGCCAGAAGAAGAUGGCCGGUCGCGCGCUGCUCCUUGCGGGCCCGCCCGCCACGGGCAAAACGGCGCUAGCGCUCGGCAUAGCGCAGGAGCUCGGCAGCAAGGUCCCAUUCUGUCCUAUGGUAGGAUCAGAAGUGUACUCCUCAGAGGUCAAGAAAACUGAGGUGCUGAUGGAAAAUUUCCGUAGAGCUAUAGGUUUGCGUAUAAAGGAAAACAAAGAGGUUUAUGAAGGAGAGGUUAUUGAACUUUCCCCAGAAGAGGCUGAGAGCACAACUGGUGGAUAUGCGAAAAGCAUUAGCCACGUAAUCAUUGGCUUAAAGACUGUCAAAGGGACUAAGCAAUUGAAAUUAGACCCUUCAAUUUAUGAUGCUUUGAUCAAGGAAAAGGUGGCAGUGGGUGAUGUUAUAUACAUUGAAGCAAAUAGUGGAGCAGUGAAAAGAGUUGGUAGAUGUGAUUCUUUUGCUACAGAAUAUGAUCUUGAAGCUGAAGAGUAUGUUCCUAUCCCCAAAGGUGAAGUCCAUAAGAAAAAGGAAAUAGUGCAGGAUGUCACACUCCAUGACCUUGAUGCAGCAAAUGCCCAGCCACAAGGUGGCCAAGAUAUUUUGUCCCUUAUGGGCCAGAUGAUGAAGCCACGGAAGACUGAAAUCACCGAAAAGCUACGCCAAGAAAUCAAUAAGGUGGUAAACAGAUAUAUCGACGAAGGAAUCGCAGAGCUUGUACCUGGUGUUUUGUUCAUUGAUGAGGUCCACAUGUUGGAUAUUGAAUGCUUUUCUUAUCUUAACCGUGCAUUGGAGAGCCCAUUAUCACCAAUUGUGAUACUCGCUACGAAUAGAGGAAUAUGUAAUGUGAGAGGAACCGAUAUGACGAGUCCACAUGGUAUACCAGUGGACCUUCUAGAUAGGUUGGUGAUUAUUCGGACAGAAACAUAUGGCCCUACUGAGAUGAUACAGAUACUGGCUAUCCGAGCACAAGUGGAAGAGAUUGAUAUCGAUGAAGAAAGUCUUGCUUAUUUAGGCGAGAUCGGACAGCAGACAUCUUUGAGACAUGCUAUUCAGUUGCUAUCACCUGCCAGCGUGGUCGCAAAGACCAACGGGAGAGAAAAGAUGUGCAAGGCUGACCUCGAGGAAGUCAGCGGGCUCUAUUUGGAUGCCAAAUCCUCGGCUCGCCUGCUCCAGGAGCAACAAGAAAGAUACAUCACCUAGACUUGCAUCUCCUGCUGUGGAAGGAAAAGCCUCGAAGAGAAAUGCAUUCUGCAAAGUGCGUCGAUCUGCUUCAGUAUGUCGUAGUCUACAAGUCUUGGAGAGAGCACGUUUCUGCGGGGAAGGAAAACUGUUUGAAUUUUGUAGUACCUGUUUUUUGUUAGCCUCCAGCGAAGACUUGAUUCCGGCAUAUUGCUUGUUCACGCACCGUUAACACCGAUUAAGAUUGGCCCAGCCGUGCAGGAAUUGCCGGGUGUGUUUUCACCCCCUCGCUAAUCGAUGUCCAGAAUCUGUGUGCCCACGGGUGUUGUAUUGACCCUAGCUUUGUAACCAUGCACAUGAUUUCUUUUUUAACGCUGAUGGAUGGCACCUGGAUCUCUGUCCAUGGCCAUCGUAAUCCCACUGUCUGGAGCAGGGUUUCAUGAA